AUGUCCUCCCACAAGGUUCCUUUCGAGCUCAAGAACCCCGAUCUCCUCAAGUACGACUCCUAUAUUCACGGCGAAUGGAAGAAGGCAAAAAGCGGCAAGACCUUUGAGGUUGUUGACCCUGGUUCUGACAAGGCAUGGGCAACAUGCCCAGACAAUGACGCUCAAGAUGUCGAUGCCGCCAUGCAGUCAUCUCAAAAGGCAUUCGAUCAAUGGAAGAUAUCGAAUCCAAGAAAAAGAGCUGAACUUCUGCUCGCAUGGCACAAACUCAUCACGGACAACAGAGAUGAUAUAGCUAAGAUUCUCACACAUGAGACUGGAAAGCCUCUGGCUGAGUCUCAGGGUGAACUUACAUACUCCCUCGGCUUCACAUGGUGGUUUGCUGGAGAGGCAGAAAGAAUAACAGGCACAGUCCAAACCCCUGCAGCCCCAAAUCGACGAGUCUUUGUCGUCAAGCAGCCCAUUGGUCCUGCUGUCGCACUUGUCCCAUGGAACUUCCCAAUUGCUAUGAUCUUGCGAAAGGCGGGCGCAGCUUUUGCCGCUGGUUGUACCAUGGUCGUAAAGCCAUCCCCAGAGACGCCACUUACAUGCUUGACGUUGGCUCACCUCGCCAGUCAAGCUGGUUUCCCUCCUGGUGUGUUCAACGUCCUCACAACUUCGCUUGAAAACACCCCAGCCAUGUCCGAAGCUAUGAUCCUCCAUCCUCUUACCAAGAAAGUCACCUUCACCGGCUCGACUAGAGUUGGCAAGCUUGUCGCAGGUCUUUGCGCCAGAAAUCUCAAGAAGUGCACACUUGAACUCGGUGGUAACUGCCCGUUCAUCGUCUUUGACGACGCAAACCUCGACCAGGCCCUUGAGCAGUUCCAGGCUUUGAAGUGGAGACAUGCCGGACAAGCUUGCAUCACAGCUAACAGACUGUAUGUACAAUCUGGUGUCUACGACAAGUUCACUCAGAUGCUCGUCGAGAAGACCAAGACCCUGAAGAUGGGUCACGGUGCUGUGGAAGGCACUACACUUGGUCCGGUCACCACGCCGAGGGGUUUGGCCAAAGCUCAGUCACAGGCUGAGGAUGCAGUGAAACAUGGUGCUAAAAUGGUCCUUGGUACUGGUAAGGCCGAGAAGAACUCAACUGAAGAUGAAGGUGCGGGUCAGGGCAAGGGUGUUGGUGGAUACUUCAUGUCUCCCACUGUGCUGACUGGCAUGUCUCAUGAGAUGUUGAUGGCACGAGAGGAGACUUUUGCGCCUGUCAUUGGUCUUUUCAAAUUCGAGACGGAAGAUGAGGUCGUCAAGGCUGCAAACGACACAAGUAUGGGACUUGCUUCUUACGCCUUCACCAAGAACGUCGAUCGCAUGUGGCGCCUCCUCGAGAACCUGGAAGCCGGCAUGAUCGGCAUGAACACGGGAAACAGCUCAGCUGCCGAGUCCCCAUUCGGUGGUAUCAAAGAGUCAGGUUAUGGCAAAGAGUCGGGCAAGGAUGUCGCUGUAAGAGAAUAUCUAGUCGAGAAGACAGGUACAUUCACACUUGAGGGUCAAUAUUAG